AGCAUGCACCAGCUCGGUCCUUUCCGCUCCUCACCGCUUGCCAGCUUCCACCCAGAAGGCCCCCCAAGGCAGCCCACGGCAUGGUGACCGUCACGGAAUGGCAGAAGAUCGGCGUGGGCAUCGCUGGCUUCGGCCUCUUCUUCAUCCUCUUCGGAAUACUCCUGUACUUUGACUCGGUGCUCCUGGCCUUUGGAAACCUGCUGUUCCUGACUGGCCUCUCCUUCAUCAUCGGCCUGAGGAAGACAUGUUUCUUCUUCUUCCAGAGGCACAAGGUCAAGGGGACCAGCUUCUUCCUGGGGGGUGUGCUCCUUGUGCUUCUGCGCUGGCCCCUCCUGGGCAUGUUCCUGGAAGCCUAUGGAUUCUUUAGCCUGUUCAAGGGCUUCUUCCCUGUGGCCUUUGGCUUCCUGGGCAAUGCCUUCGACAUCCCCUUCCUGAGUGCGCUGUUCCGGAGGCUCCAAGGCAGCAGCUCAAUGGUCUGAACAGCAGAGAGGGGCUCCUUGAGCUUGGAUCGUCAUUUGAGGGGGCUGGAAGGAAAAUGGGGGAUACUCCCUCCAGCCCCACCCUGCACUGACUCAUCUCCCCAUCACAUCCUGACCUCGCUAAAUCCAGAAGGAAGGACAGAGCUGAAGGACUGACCGCAACGCCUCAAGUCAACUCAAGAGGCUGCCAGGACUGUUGGGGGCCGAGACCCAGGGUCCCGGAGGUCAGACGGGGGCAUCAUCUCCUGCCCUGUAUUUAUGGGAGGAAAGGCAGGAUUAAACCCUAAGCUGUGAGUGUGUCAGUGUCUUGAGCUGCUCAGAGUGGGCCUGCUGUCCCAGGC